CCGCCGCGCUCCCGCGCUCCGUUCCGCACAGGCCGUGCCCAGCUGGAAUGCAGAGAUCGCCGCCCGGCUUCGGCGCACACGACGAGCCGCCCGCCCGCCGCGACUGCGCGUGGGCCCCGGGCUCCGGGGCCGCCGCCGAGCCGCGCGGCCUCCCCGCCGUCCCCGCCGCGCCCGCCGCGCCCGCCGCGCCCCGCAGCCCGCCGCGCAGCCCGCCGCGCAGCCCCGAGUCGGGGCGCUAUGGCCUCAGCCCUGCGGGCCGCGGGGAUCGCCAGGCGGCCGACGAGUCGCGCAUUCGCCGGCCCAUGAACGCCUUCAUGGUGUGGGCCAAGGACGAGCGCAAGCGGCUGGCACAGCAGAACCCGGACCUGCACAACGCGGUGCUCAGCAAGAUGUUGGGGAAAGCGUGGAAGGAGCUGAACGCCGCCGAGAAGCGACCCUUCGUGGAGGAGGCGGAGCGGCUGCGUGUACAGCACCUUCGUGAUCACCCUAACUACAAGUACCGGCCGCGCCGCAAGAAACAGGCGCGCAAGGCCCGGCGGCUUGAGCCGGGCCUCCUGCUGCCGGGGCUAGCACCUCCGGCGCCGGCGCCGCCUUCGGAGCCCUACCCCACGGGCCACGGCUCAACCCGCGCUUUCCGGGAGCUGCCGCCACUGGGCGCCGAGUUCGAAGGCUUGGGGUUGCCAACGCCCGAGCGCUCGCCGCUGGACGGCCUGGAGCCCGGCGAGGCCGCCUUCUUCCCGCCGCCUGCGGCGCCCGAGGACUGUGCGCUGCGAGCCUUUCGUACGCCUUACCCGCCUGCGGAGCUGCCCCGAGACCCCGGCGCCUGCUACGCCGCGCCCCUGGCCGACUCGCUCAGGACCGCGGCUCCCGGAGCAUCUCUCACUGGCCUUUACUACGGAGGCCUGGGCGCACCCGGCCCCUACCCCGGGCCGCUGUCGCCACCGCCCGAGGCGCCGGCGCUGGAGGGCACCGAGCCACUGGGCCCCGCAGCCGAUCUGUGGGCCGAUGUGGACCUCACUGAGUUCGACCAGUACCUCAACUGCAGCCGGACUCGGCCCGACGCCACCGGGCUUCCUUACCACGUGGCAUUGGCCAAGUUGGGCCCCCGCGCCAUGUCCUGCCCGGAAGAGAGCGGCCUGAUUGCUGCGCUGUCGGACGCCAGCAGUGCUGUCUACUACAGCGCCUGCAUCUCAGGCUAGGCCGGCGCGUGGCGCCGGACGCGGGU